UUUACGGUACACAAAAGCCUGGAUUCAGGUGUUGACUAUCCAGAUUCUGCUUGCUAUUCUCCUGCCACUCAUUACUUGGAUGCAAGUGAGCGGCUUCAAGUAAAUCAAUCUGAAGCAAGUUGCAGCAAGCACCACUUAAUGACGGGAAUAUACAAUACGUGGAGAUCGGUCAAGCCCCCAGAACUUGACUUUCCGACGGCAAGAAAUGCUGGGCAAGGCACCAAAGAUUGUGAUGGCCCACAAUCAGAAAAUGAUUAUUUAGCAAGCAAAAAUAGUCAUGUAAAUAUCUUCACUAGCUGUAGCCAACCGACCACUCUUGUAGACCUCAGAUUAAUUAAUGCUUUACCUUUGAUUCCUGUUAAUGACUUUACCAUAAAAUUGUCACAAGGGUUGACCCACGUAGUAUGA